UGGUCGGUUUCCUGGCGCCCGCACUGCGCGCUCCCGAUAGACGGGGGUGGAGACAUGGCGGCGGCAGCGGUGUGGGGCCGGGCGAUGGGCCUCUUGCAGGGAGCCGGGCGGCAGCUGUUGUCAUUGGUUCCCAGAGGAAACGGACUGGUUCGGAAUUACUACGUGGAUUGGCGAAUGCUAAGGGAUGUGAAAAGGAGGAAGCUGGCUUUUGAGUAUGCAGAUGAGAGGCGGCGACUCAAUGCAAUUCGGAAGAACACAAUCUUACCAAAGGAACUGCAGGAGGUUGCUGACCAGGAGAUCGCAGCUCUGCCGAGAGACAGCUGCCCAGUCCGGAUCCGUAAUCGCUGUGUCCUCACCUCACGGCCACGAGGUGUCAAACGCAAAUGGAGGCUCAGCCGGAUCGUAUUCCGGCACCUCGCUGACCACAACCAGAUGUCUGGGAUCCAGCGUGCCAUGUGGUAGGCGCCAUUUGUUUGGCUCAAGGAACCUGCCCGUAGUGACUUGGGCAAUAAGGACCUGAUCACUGAAGCCACCCCAAACUGACUGUUCUUCUGGAGCUACAGGGUGGGCUGGGAACUCUAUUACACAAGCAACUGUAUCUCAAAAAUACUCCACUGGCUGUACAGAGUUUGGGACAUUAUUAUGAAAGCUACUGUAUAAAAGCAUGUUGUUCUUGAUGGAAUAUGAACAAUACCCUUCUUACCUGCCUAACCUUCCUCUUUGAAGUGACGUGGACAGGGGCAGUGCAGUUCAGAAUCAGAUUUAUUAUUGCUGACUUGUAUGAAGUGAUUUAAGACUGAUUCUGAGUAGCCUCAUCCUUUGCUGAAACAUCAGUGUUGAAAACUAUUUCACUGAGGGGGAGCACAGUGUGACUUUACCUGUGCCAGAUGCCCCAGUGUUUCUCUUUUACCUGUGCCCACCUUAUGAAAAAUACUUGGUGAGAGUUUCACUUGGGCUUAAUUUGCCCACUUGUAAGUGUUCCUGCUCUAUGCACUUGCAUCUGGAGUCUCUCCUUGCCAGAAUCUCAUUCUUUUAGUGCAUCUGUACAUGGGCAAGUGUGUUUGCAACUGGGUUUAAUGCAUUAUUUAAAUGAUUAAAGUAUGAGCUGCACUCUGGUGUAAUGUAUCCAGUGUUUGAAAACCACAAAGGAUAGUUUUCUAUGAAAAUAAUAUUUAGUGAGGCUGUAUGGGGGAGAAACAAGGUCUUGUUAACUAUAAAACCACUUGCAUUUGAUGAGAUGUACUUAAUGUGGUCCAUGUCAUGCUGUAUUUGUCAGAUUGCUGUACUUCCAUUUUAAAAGUCUCCCUUGAAUAUCUCAGGGGCUGUGUUGUGUCUACCUGUCUUUCUCAGCUGCAUAGAAACAGUUGCCACAGUCAAACUGCAGGUAUUUGCUCUUUGACUUUGUGUGAAGGUUUUUUUGUAAUGCUCCAAAGAAUACAACAGUACUGACGACUUGUUUUAAUGGGACUCUAAUAAAGCUUGGUCUAAGAACAUU